AUGCCCCACCCACAAAGUGCAGCCAGUUCGGCCUCAUCCACGUUGGUUUCCGGUGUUCAUUUCCGAGGAGGCCUUGCUGACUUCAGCCGAAGAGGACCGGGCUUCUUUCCCCCCUUCAGUGUCAACGUACUGCCAGAUCCUACACCAGACCUGCCGUCGCAUCAGGCGUCGCCCCGGUCACCAGACGAGAACGACUCGCUCCUGCUCCCAGCCACAUGGCGAAAUGCGCAGGACGACAUUGAGACUCCGAGAGGGAGAUGCCAGCAUUUCCUGACCAAAGAUCUGUGUGUCGCUCGUUUAAACGCCAUCCACAAAUCAAUGUGGGUUGUAGGUCGACCAAUGCCACCCCGGCCGCUCACCGCCCAGCUUGUGCACCGGCGCGAGAUAGUCAUCACCGAGGACAUCAACCUGCAUCUCGUGUGGGCGAAAGGAUGCAUGUUUCUGAAGCCGCUGCCGCGCUACCUCGUCGUCCCGAGUUUCUGGGAGAGGCAUUUGUGUCCUCCGCCCGCCGAACCUCCUGUGACCACCUGCCCGACCCAUCGAGACACAUCGGCGCACAAGCACGAUGCCGCCUCGGUUGCAGAGCUGGCUUCGUGCGCCGCCGGCUUUCUAUUCACGUGGACGGCUCUGAUUGCGCACGAGAGCGACUGGAAGAUUGCGCACGACAAGGGCCUCAUUCCAAACGACCUCUCGUGGUACGGAUGGAAAGCUCUCACCGAGGAUUUUCUUGAUCCAAGCCGCCGACCCGCCAGUAAAAUCUACCGGGCAAUCAACGAGCGAUUCCACUACGGGGAGCUGCGGCUCGGUCGGUUGAACAAGAUCUACCGGCUGCAGAAGCUCCAUGUGCGCGGCUACCUUUUCGGCUACACCAUGAAGUCGGACUUUUUUGCAGAGAACUUCACUCGGCUCGCCUCGGUGCUGGGGUACAUUGUCAUUGUCUUGACAGCCAUGCAGGUCGGCUUGGGCACCGAGAGGCUCCAGGCAUCUCCGAUGUUCCAGGCCGCGUCCUACGGCUUCACCGUCUUCUCCAUCAUCGCGCCGUUGAUAGCCGUGGCACUGGUGCUGGCUGUGUUCCUGUACCUGGUGUUGUGGAACGUCAAGGAAACGAGAAAGUACGAAAGGAACCGCUUCAAGGACAUGGGUCUCAAGGACGGCAGUUCGAAGAAAACAAGGACCAACUUGUCGAUGGCGUAA